GUGGUUGGAGGCUCUCUUUCCCCCUUCUUGUCCUACUAAGUGGUGGCCUACCCAAGUCAAGGAGUCAAGGGCAGCAUAAUACUUUUGCAUGCUUGACGAUGCCAUUUGACACAUGUGGUUGGAGGCUGUCUUUCUCCCCUUCUUGUCCUACUAAGUGGUGGCCUACCCGAGUCAAGGGCAGCAUAAUACUUUUGCAUGCUUGACGAUGCCAUUUGACACAUGUGGUUGGAGGCUCUCUUUCCCCCUUCUUGUCCUACUAAGUGGUGGCCUACCCGAGUCGAGCGCUGCGGCAGUUCAGGCAGAUGGUGCAGUGCAAGCUGCCAGACAGGAAUCCUCUGCUGGACUUCUGGGACUACGGCUGCUACUGUGGACUUGGAGGAGGAGGCACUGCCGUGGACCAGAUGGACAGGUGCUGCCAAGCCCAUGAUGAGUGCUACGAUGAAGCCCAAAACUAUGAGUCCUGUGACUCGUUUUUUGACAGCCCCUACUUCAACUUCUACGAAUUUGAAUGCAAUGACGACAAAAAUAUAACAUGCCUAUCCAGCAACAGGGACUGCGACAUGUUCAUCUGCAUGUGUGACAAAGUUGCAGUGGAUUGCUUCGCUGACGCCUCCUAUAAUGACUCUAUGAACAGCCUUCCAACUGAGGUGUGCUUCUCAGGAGCAAAUAGUCUUUUCACUUUUCUGUGGCUCAAGGCUUUCCUUUUCCUGGUCUACUAAAUAACACUGGGGAGAACAUUGCGAUCGUGAGAUCACAACAACAACAAAAAACUCAGAACCCAAAAGCCAAGUGCAAGUAUGCCAUGUCACAGGCAUGGUUGUGUUUAGCCACCUUUACCACUGGAAAUAUCGAGGAAGGUCUAUAGUUUCUCUUUACUUUAAUGAUAUGUAUUUUUUUUCCCCAACCAAUGUUGUUUUGCCUCCAAGUAUGUUCCCAUAAUUCCUUCAGGUAAGAAAAAAGGCCCAUAAAUCAACCGCCAUAAGCCAAGGUCACCUACCUUGGAAAUUAACAAUUCGUUGGGCACUUUUGAAUGUUAGUGCAUCUAUGUAUAGGUGGUGCUUGAAUUACAUGGCUAUAAAUAGAACAUUAUAUGCAUGUGAUGUCCAUCCCCAUCAGAACAAAAUGGCAGCCUGUCCCAUGUUAGAAAACUGUUACCUCCUCAAAUGGGACGAAAAGAAAAAAAAAACGUCUGCACAUUUAAACUUGAAAUAAAAUCUAAAUGAACCAGGUGAAUAAGUUUGUUUGCAUAUGGUUAUCCUAUAACGGGGAAUAUAUUGUGAUAUUAGAGUGUGGUCAUUUCCCAAAAAAAAAAAAUAUCAGUAGCAUGUCUUUACACAGCUAAAGUAAACUGUUCAAAUAAUGAACUACACAUUUGAAUUUUGGUACUUUUAAAUAUGUUUAUUUAACAUGUUUUAAGCUCACAAUAUGUCAAGAUGGUCCAGAUGUAACUAUUUCCGCUUGGUCGACUCUUCUGUAACAGAGAGUGCGCGAGGUAAUGAAAGUUUUUUUUAAGUUGGAACAGAUAUUUGAAGUAAACUGAUAAGAAGGAGUGUGGUCCACGGCUGAUGUAGUCUGUAAGAGUUGAGGAGAGGGGGACGGUGGUCCCAAGCUAUCACGGGAGAUGUUGCUCAGGUGAAGACUCCCGAUUACUCUUUAUUCCUCAUGCUCCUCAUACCCGUCUGGCAGAGCAUUCAGUUCAGAGUUGUGGAAAAAACUCUUCACUCCGUCACCCCAGGGGAAGCGCU